CCGGUGAAACGUUCUCCGGCCUGAAGGGCUCGCCUCGCCGCUCUCCCCCUCCUCCCCUGCGCGGUGGGACAGCUCUCCGCCUCCCCACACCUCCUAGGCGCCAAGACGGACCAACGGGCUCUUCUUCUCCCCCCCCCGUUGUGAGAAUGGUACGGCCCAUCCCGCCCCUGGGCGGGCGGAACGGAGCCGGGUGGGAAGGGGGCGGCUGCGACCUUCCGCCCGGCGGCGCAGCCAUGGCAGCCUGUUCCUUUCGGAGGAGCAUCGCUUCGCAGCUUUCGAAGGUUUUGGAUCUGCCACCAGAAAAUUUAAUAAAGUCCAUAUCUGCAGUUCCAGUCUCCAAAAAACGGCACGUUGCUGAUUUCCAGCUUUCCAUUGCUUCUGUAACAGAAGACAGUUCUAGUAAUUGCUUAGCACAAGAUCUUCCGCUUCAAGCUCAGAAGCUAGCUGAAAGGCUAAAAUGUGAUGCUGUAGUGAGUGAAAUCAGUGCUGGUCCAGGAACAGUGAACUUUACAAUAAACAGGGAAUUAUUAGCGAAGACAGUGUUGCAGCAGGUGUUGAAAGAUGGCUCAGAGUAUGGAGUCAAAAGUGAACUUUUCUCUACGGUACCGAGACAAAAGGCAGUGAUUGAGUUCAGCUCCCCUAAUAUUGCCAAAAAGUUUCACAUAGGACACCUGCGUUCCACGAUAGUAGGGAAUUUUAUAGCAAAUCUCAAAGUUGCGUUGGGACAUGAAGUAACAAGAAUAAACUACCUUGGUGACUGGGGCAUGCAGUUUGGCUUAUUGGGUGUUGGUUUCCAGCGCUUUGGCAACAAAGAAAAGCUAAAAACCAGUCCUUUACAACACCUUUUUGAGGUGUAUGUGCAGAUUAACAAAGCAGCAGAGGAUGAAAACACAAAAGAGCUGGCUAAGGAUUUCUUUAGAAAACUGGAGGAACAUGAUGAGCAGACGUUGUCGCUUUGGAAACAAUUUAGAGACUUGAGUAUUGAGGAAUACAUCCGAAUUUAUAAGCGUCUAGGAGUGCACUUUGAUGAAUAUUCUGGAGAAUCAUUUUACCAAGAGAAGUCCCAGGAAGUUCUAAAGAUGUUGGAGGAUAAAGGACUCCUUCAGAAAACAACGAAAGGGACAGGAAUUGUGGAUCUUUCAGAAAAGAAAGACCUUUCAUCGUUUUCCACUGUCAUGCGUAGCGAUGGGACAUCUCUUUAUAUAACAAGAGAUCUUGCUGCUGCUAUAGACCGAAUGAAUAAGCAUAGCUGGGACACCAUGAUUUAUGUGACAGACAAAAGCCAAAGUAAUCACUUCCAACAUUUGUUCCAAAUACUGAAGCUCAUGGGUUAUGACUGGGCAGAAAGGUGCCAGCAUGUGUCUUUUGGUCUAGUUCAAGGGAUGAAGACUCGGAGAGGAGAAGUCAUUUUCCUGGAAGAUGUUUUAAAUGAAGUUCGCUCGAGGAUGUUACAAAACAUGGCUUCUGCAAAAACAACCAAAGAGAUAGAAGACCCUGUGGAGACUGCAGAGAAAGUUGGUCUUGCAGCCCUAAUAAUUCAGGACUUCCGGGGCCUUCUGUCCUCUGAUUAUCAGUUUAGCUGGGAUCGAGCUCUUCAAAGUCGUGGAGAUACAGGGGUGUUCUUGCAGUACACUCAUGCCAGACUCCACAGUUUAGAGCAGAUGCACGGGAACGCGCAGCUGACUGAUGUUAACGUGACGUGCUUGCAAGAGCCAGAUGCCAUCUCUGUUCUUCAGCAUCUUCUCAGGUACGAUGAGGUCCUGUAUAGAUCUUCUCAGGAUCUGCAGCCCAAGCACAUUGUCAGCUACCUCCUCACACUUAGCCACCUGGCAGCCGUGGCCCAUAAAACUCUUCCUGUGAAAGGCAGCGCCCCUGACGUAGCCCAGGCAAGGCUCUGUCUCUUCCAAGCCGCACGCUCGGUUCUAGCCAACGGCAUGAAACUCCUUGGCAUUACACCUGUAACUCAAAUGUGACGAGGCUGGAUGCGAUGUAAAGACACAUCUCUUAGAAAAAGGACUUUUUUUUUUUCCCCCCCAAGAGAAAUUAAAUACUUUCCUGCGUGUGGUGGCUCCUCGGAGGUUCGUACGCUACAGCACAGCCACUGGGGGAGGCCAAGCCCUUGCUCCCAGCACUUGGUAGGAACAAUGAACUUAAAUGCCAAGUAGAUUAGUGUCUUCCCAUAAAAGAGAACCCUUCUCUAUUACCUUUGCAAAUACAAAGUCCUUUUGGCAGAGGAAGUGGUGUUAGCUGUAUACUGCUCUGAGUGAUCAUAGUUCUUCUCCCCUUCUGUAGUUGCCAUUGUGUGCUUAGGCCCUAAUGGCCCAACAGCUACAGGCGGGCUCAAGGCUGUAACAAACCCAGUCAGACCACGCCAGAGAGGUGUUUUCUUUUCCCUGUGUGUAGUACUGUACUAGCCAAGGCCAGCUGCCAACGCUGUCACAUCCUGUUCCUCCCUCACAGCGGUGUGGUGAGCAGGGACAAGAGGGUUUGCCACCCGGAUGGUGGAACAGGACCUGGGGCGCUCCCUCCGUCAGACGUGGCAGCGUUGGGUGUCCCUGAGCCAUCACACAGCUGCAGAGAGGUGGGACAUCCUUACUGCUGGGUUUAACACGCCCCACUUCCACAUAAAACCCAGCUGGUUAAUCCACAUCUAAAGGAAUCUAACCAGGAGAUAAACUCAGUCAUGGUUUUGACUCCACUUUGAAUGUAAACGAGUUGCCCAAAGCACCAGAGUUUUCCCUCAAUGCAGAGUCGCAGUUUCUAGAAGGGCUGAACUGAGUGAGGCCUUAGAAAAUGAGGUUGAAAUAAAACAGUUGGCACUCAUAAAUGAAAUUAAAGCCUAAAAAGCGUUACAGGAACUCUUUUCAAGCAUCACCCUCUUAUGCACAAAAAGUUUUAGAGGUAAAACAUACAGAUAAAAAUCUUCUCGCCCGACACUUUGUGUUGCCUCAUUUGUACUUAAGCCAGAGAUACAAGACGACAUGUGAACCUUCCCUGCCCCCCCUGUACGACUGGGGUUUGGCAAAACACAAAGAAUAGAAUAAAAGAGUCCUCUACCAGCUACAGCAGGGAUAAAAAACAUUUGAAAAGUGAAAUCUGCAACAGAGAACCACCAGUCUCCCACCCUGACUCUUUAAACCAAAGAGCAAGUGCUGCUUCUAAUCGCUGCCAGGUGAAGUGAUGCCUGAAGCACCGAUGCUCCUGGUGGAGUUGUGUCAGGACACA